UUGGCUGAUUUAUGCGGCUAAUCUGAAUCCAACCAAUCAACAUCACGGAAAUCCUAGCGGUUGUUACCCUACGGCCAAGUACUGGCGUGGGCUAGAAUGCAGUAGGCUAACUGUUUAGUACUAGAAGGCACAAGGAAGGGUGACUGACUAGAAGGAAGUAGAUAUCAGCAAUCAUUUUCAGCAUGGGGAAAAAAGAUGAAGGAAAGCCCAGGGGUCGUAUGUCAUCAUAUGCUUUUUUUGUGCAAACAUGUCGAGAAGAGCACAAAAAGAAACAUCCUGGAGAAUCUGUGGUCUUUGCUGAAUUUACCAAGAAAUGUGCAGAUAAAUGGAAAGAAAUGACUCCUAAAGAAAAGCGGCAUUUUGAAGAAAUGGCUGAGAGGGACAAAGCACGCUAUGAUCGCGAAAUGGCCAAUUACGUCCCACCAAAAGGUGUGAAGAGUGUAAAACGCAAGAGGACCAAGGAUCCAAAUGCUCCCAAAAGAGCAUUGUCAGCAUUCUUCUUCUAUUGUGCAGAGGAAAGGCCCAAACUACGGGCAUCUAAUCCUGGCAUGAAUGUGGCUGAAGUUGCCAAGGAACUAGGCAAACGCUGGGAGACACUUCCAGAGCGUGCUAGAUUUGAGGAGAUGGCCACUAAAGAUAAGGAGAGAUAUGAGAAGGACAUGGCAGCAUACAGAAAUGGAACGUUUUCAGGGGCUAAAAAGGCCAAACCAGCAGCAACAUCCAACAAAGCCCCUCCAAAAAAAGAUGACGACGAUGAUGAUGAUGAGGAGGAUGAUGAUGAUGACGAUGAUGAUGAUGAGGGUGAUGAUGAUUAAGAGAGACACAAAGUAUCUCAAGUGUGACAUUUUAAAAUGUUAAAUAAAAGCUACACAACAUGCACCGGUGGAUGUUUGAGGUUAACAUGUAGAACUUCCAUCUGCGUGUACCAGUAUUUUGUGUUUCACGUUCAUUCACAGUCUUGGUUCAUGUUCAUUUUCAUGCAUAUUGCAUCAUGCCACAAUUUGUGUAUGAAAUAUAUCAUGCCAGUCACAAAGUUACUGUUGUAUCUUUAUGGUCUGCAUGCCAUCCCCAGUUUUCUGUGAUGACACAUGGUAGGAGAAGGAUUACACACCACGUAACCUGUAACAAAUUUUGUGUAGGGUUGAAAUUGGCAUGCUUGUAGCUUUGUGACUGGUGUGUUGUUUGGGUUUUUUUUUUUUGUUUUUUUUUUUAAGUCAAACUGGCAGUUGCAGUUUUGGCAGCGGUGGGGUUCUUGACCAUGAUCUCAUGCAUGGCACAGAGAUUGUGUUCUGGUUUUUUUUUUUAAUAUAUAUAUAUAAGGGGAUUGGGGAAUAGCAUCAGGUUUUUUUUUUGUUUUUUUUUUUUUUUUUCUCUGUUAAUAUAUGGUGAAUGUUGCCUUCCUUUCUUGUUUUCUGUGCAGAAAUUGUUGGAAUCUGAGAUCGUUCUUUUCUGUCAGUUCAGCAUGCUUGAAUUGAAAAGUCUACAGAAAAUGUUCAUGCCAUACUAGAUGGAAGUUGAUUAGUUUAUCUGUACAUGUCAGUGCCAUAGAUUGUUUCUGGUUCCACAUUUGCACAAUCACUUUGUUUGCUAGAACAGAGAUGUUUCUUCUGCCCUUGGCAGAAGAUGUUACCAGAUUUAAAGUGUAAGUUUGAAAUAUGUUUUUUUGGGGUGGGGGGGAGAUUGUGGUUUCUGUAAAAGAUUUUAUCACUUUCUGUGGAACAGUUACAUUUCCCUAAAAAUUCAAGUCCAUCUGUUCUUAAUAUUUGACCUAUCCCACAGUUCUAGCUGUUACUUUCAAGUUGAAAGUUUUAUUUGAUUUUUUUCUUUUUUGACAUUUCAGUUUGUUGGAGAUGGAAUAACUUGUCAUUGUGUCAAUACUACUAUUAUGUUACAUUGGAAAAUAUAGUGUUCGUUUACCUUUUUUUUUUAAAUGAUCUCACUCUUUUGUCCACCCUUUAGCUGUUAUCUUUCUUGUCCCUUUUUCUUUUAAAGGGAGAACGAAUCAACUUCAUGCACACAUGUAAUGCAUAGAGAGCAAAGUAGAUAUUGUAUCCUUUUCUCUUGGAAAUGUUCAUUCAGUUAAGCUUCAUUAUAUAAUUUUUUUUUUAUUUCUUGUGAGAGAUUUUUGAUGAAAUGAAUCGUUUCUUGCUCAGGUGCAGCUUAUGUUUAAAAUAUAUGUAAUGUCGGUGCACAGGAAUGAGUCAAAUGUUUCCGAUAUGUUCGCGGGUAGUGAUCCUUAAAACAGGAUUGUGUUCAUGUUGUAAGUGCUUUAUCUUUUUCUCCUUUUUCACUUUUAGUUUGAAAGUGAGGUUCACAAAAUUUUUACUGGGUUGGAAGUGGGGUUUUUUUAAAACAUCAAAAUUUUUUCUAGUUGGGCAAAGGAGGGAUAAGGCUGUACAGGAUAAACAUGUUCCGGUAGGGAAUUCGAUAAGUUAUAUGCUCAAUAUCUUGUUGUCAGGUUGCAUCAGUCGGUGUGGAAUUAGUAUUCAAAUUAUAUCCUGAUGUUGGCAAACCUGCUUUGGUUUGCACGAUGCAGCAAAGUCUGAGUUUGUGAAAGUAUGCUUUUACUAUUUUAGGGAGAUCUUAUCCAGAAAGCAUUGAUAUUUUCUUUUAGCGAAAACAAAAAAAAACCCAAAAACAAACCAUCUGGAUAUUAAGUAUUGCAUUGCACCCUCAUAUUGGAGGUCAUAUCACACUUGCAAUACCAUUUUUCAAGGGAAUAAUUGUGGUGAUCUUACUCCUGGAAAGCUUUAUUUUAUUGUGUAGGUAUAAUUUAUGGACCUUCAGUUUUAUGCAGUGUGGAUAUGACUGUCCCUAGCUUCCAGUUUUCUGUUGGAAAAGAGGAGAAAAAGUAAAUCACUUCUAUAUAAGGUUAGACAACUUCUAAGUAUGAACAUUUCUCCUGAAGUUGCUGUUAAACCGACUUGGUAAAUGUUCUAUUCACAUCAAGAAUAGGUAUGCUCAUUAAUGCCUGUCACAUGGAUCAAGGUAUCCACCAAGUGUAACAAAUUACUUUCUUUAAACUUGAGUUUUUAAUUGUUAUUCUGUUGCCGAUAAAUGUGUGUCUCAUGUUAAGUCAUGCAUACAACAAAUUGCCACUUUUAAGUGUAAAAAAUGUUUGAAUGUAGAUGGAACAUAUUUUUACCAUUAAGCUGCAUUUUGCCUUAAAAAAAUAAAGUCAUGACAACUUAU